AUGAGUGCUGAACUAUUACGUUUAUUUAUCAGAGACGAUGAUGAUGAUGAACCAUUACCAUCUUGUUCUUCAGAGAAUGAAUAUGAUGGUCGUGAUAAUUUAAGAAUCUUGGCUGUUUUCAUGAUUUUAAUUUCAUCUGCAAUUGGUACAUUUUUCCCAAUUUUAUCUUCUAAAUACUCAUUCAUCAGAUUACCAGAUUGGUGUUGGUUCAUUGCCAAGUUCUUUGGUUCAGGGGUCAUUGUUGCAACUGGGUUUAUCCAUUUAUUAGAACCUGCAUCUGAUGCUUUAGGUAACAAAUGUCUUGGUGGUACUUUUGCUAAUUAUCCAUGGGCUUUUGGUAUUUGUUUAAUGUCACUUUUCGCCUUAUUUCUUUCUGAAAUUGUUGCUCAUCAUUUUGUUGCCAAAGCUGCUGGUGAAAGUGGUGCUCAAUCCCAUUCACAUUUUGGUAACUUGAACCAUAAAGAAGCUGACGAUGAAUCAAAAGAUGAUGAAUAUGAACAAGAAUCUAAAACUUCACCAGUUGUUGCUACUAAAAAAUCUUCAAACAUCCCAGGUGCUAACCAUUAUUCUCAUGAUUUAGAACAUCAAGAUCCAGAAUUAGUUGGUACACCUGCUGCUAAUAAAGCUCAUGAACAAUACUUAAACCAAAUCUUAUCUGUUUUUGUCUUGGAAUUUGGUGUCAUCUUCCACUCUGUCUUUAUUGGGUUAUCAUUAGCUGUUGCAGGUGAUGAAUUUAACACUUUAUUCAUUGUUUUAGUUUUCCAUCAAAUGUUUGAAGGUUUAGGUUUAGGUACUAGAAUUGCAGACACUCCAUGGGAUGAAACAAGAAGAUGGACUCCAUGGAUUUUGGCUCUAGCAUAUUCAAUCACUACUCCUAUUGCUGUUGCCAUUGGUAUUGGUGUAAGACAUUCAUUCACUCCAGAAGGUAGAACUGCAUUGAUUGCGAAUGGUUGUUUUGAUGCCAUUUCAGCAGGUAUUUUGAUCUACACUGGUAUUGUUGAAUUAAUGGCUCAUGAAUUCUUGUACUCUAAUCAAUUCAAAGGUGAAAAAGGUUUACAAAAAAUGUUGUUGGCUUACUUUGUCAUGUGUUGGGGUGCUGGUUUAAUGGCUCUAUUAGGUAAAUGGGCUUGA